GUAAUGGAAAACAGAGAAGGAGAAGGUCUGGAGUAAAUAAUUGCGAUGGAAUUCAAGUAGGAGAAAAUAAACAGCUUCACAGAAGCCAGUGAGACUUCUAAUACAAGUACAUACCGCAGACUUAUGAGAUCUUCCUGUAAUCUGUAUAUUCCUAUGAAGUAUGUGUUUUUAAGCACUAUAGGUCAGUGCUUGACUGUGUAUGACAGGAGUGCAUGUUCAAACCAAAUUCUAUAAAACAGCCAUGAAGUAUGCAGAGGUCACAUUGUUUCAUGCCUUAUGAAUCUAAACCAGCUCCUUAAAUUGUGCUGAUCUGCUCGGCAACAGGCAACCAGUGGAGACUUGGAAUAUUGUUCUUCUCUGCUCCAAGUGACCCCUCCACCCACCAUGAGGUGGGGUCACUGAAUUCCACACCAGCUGCAGCUGUUGAAUAGUCUUCAAAGGCAACCACACAGAGUUCACAGCACACAGGCAUUAAGGAAGAUUGUUAGGUUUGAUUCUCGUUCUCGUUUAAAGUUUUGUCUUUUUUGGCAGGGCACUGUGAGUUUGAUAAUAUUUUUCAAACUGCUCUUCUCUAUUGAAAGAAGGCUUUUUGAAAAGAAUAAAAGAUUGAGACACAGCUAUUAUUUUGAAGAAGGAGAAAAUAUGUAGAUUUUUAAAAAAAUGUGGUGGAACGUUGCUAUCCUAUCUGUGCAUCUGAAAAUUCUCCAGGGAAAGAAUGCUUCUUAAGAAAGAAAGAAAAAAAGAUGACUGCCUUUUAAUAAAAGAAAUCUAAAACUGGCUAUUGUCACUGCUCUAAUAUUUACACAGGCUGCUCUGGCAAGUUUUAAGAACUGGGCUCCACUAUAAAACCUAAAAAAUCCUGGACACAAAGUUGUUUACAUAUAAUAUGAGAAGAUAUAAAGUUACAGGGCUGGGGAUUGGAAGAGAUUCUAAAACCAUCCUCCGUGUGCUGACGUCACUUGGAAACCAGCUGUUGGGAUGAUGCUAAACGGAACCGUUCUUCAGUUUGCAAAAAGUUGCAAAGUUGAUCUAAUAGAGUUCCAAGAGCUCUCCUGGUUGAGAAGCUGAUUAUUUUUCCUUUCUUUGAAUGAUUUCAGUAUUUUCAGAACUGGAAGACUUUCACUGCUUUCACUACUACUUCACAUUUGGACUGAAAUACUUCUGAAAGGUUUUUUUCCUCUAUAAAAGGUAUAAACACAAAAGAAUUUACUGGAUCCGGAGUCAGCUUUGGAAAGUGAAGCAAAGAGAGGAGAAAAGAGCGAGCCCUUUGGAGCUUCAGAGUCCUGUGAAAUGUCUGGGUGAGAACCAGAAAAAGAAGGGCUUAAAUGUUUCAUCACGCAGCUGGAGCCAGAGGCAAGUAGGGCUUGCCGUUCCGUAACUCCCACACAUUCCAGGAAAGUCUUAGAAGAGAAAAGAGGUGCACGGACAUUUCUCUGUUCGGUCACUGCAGCUAUGGACCUACGGACACAACUGGAGAGCACAACUGAGAGGAACUGGAAUAAAGAGAAGAUGGAGCUUCUGGAGCGCUUUGACAAUGAAAGGAAAGAGUGGGAAUGCCAGUGGAAGGUCAUGCAGAAGAAAAUAGAAGAGCUUUACCAGGAGGUAAAAUUAAGGCGUGAGAGCAAUAUGAAUGCCUCUGAGACUAAGGCCAUUCAUAGCAAGGCACAGACACGACCCAUACAUUCCCCCUCUUCAGUUUGGAGUGACACACCAGGACUGAACUCUUGUUCAGCAGACAAAGAGAGUUUUUUCGGCAAGGCAGAAAAGGAGAGCAAAGAUGCAAAAAACAAGGGAAGAAACCAUGCUUUUGCAAAUGAUACUCUGGCCUUUGAGAGUUACAAGGAAUCUGAAGAUUGCCCAGACUUGAAAACAACCAAGAAUUACACACAGGAUCUCAAUAUUGCUCUUAAAGAACUUGCCAAAGUAAGCGAAGACUUGUGCAGCUACCAAGAGGAAAUCCGCAAGAAGUCCAACCACAAAAGAAAGAAGUUGUUUCCUUUCCUGGGAGAAUCUGCUGAAACUGAAAACGCACUGAUCACACAAGAGAUGAACCAUGGGCGUAACCCUGACCCACAAACAGUUUCAAUUGCAUUUGAUACAGAAGAGCAAAACAACAAGAAGAACUUGAUGGGCAUUAGCAGGUGUUCAAAGGAGAUGCCACCGAGCGCUCUUGCUGGAGUUGAGAAAACAGGCUUUUUUCCCUGGCAGAAAAGAGAAGCCCCUCCUGUGCCUCCAAGAAGCACUUCCCGGCACUUGGCCAGCUCUCUCGCACAGGUUUCCGAAGCAUUAGCAAAAGAAACAGGGCACAACAGCAGCUGCGAGACCCAGGAGGACCAGGAAGAAAAUGCAUUGACUCACCUGCCUUUUGCAAAGCAAUGUGAUGCUCCAAUGCCACUGACAAAUGAAUGGAAAUCUGUUAGUGGGCCUGCUAUGGCUACCACGAUACCCACUGAGAAAAGGGAUCAGUCCCUUGAAUGCAAGCUGCCUGCAGGGUUUUCUCAUAACACUUGGUCUCAUGAUGCAAGUAAGGUUGGGAAUAGUCCUAAAAAGGACUCUGCCUCACAUUCUGUCCAGAAGAGCUGUUCUGACGGAAAUAUGGUGCCCCAGAAACAACAGCAUCCUAUAUCGCAAAGCAGUGUGCAUUAUAGCAGUGACUUAUAUGUCCCUGUGUGCAACACCCUGGGUGAUUCUGGCUAUGGAACUGGAAAGACUCAACGAAAUGAAACGCUGGAGGCAAAAAUUGAUGAGUUCAACAGAACCGUGUUUCACACAGAUAAAGGCCACAAGUGUGUGGAACGGAACCCAGUGGUGCCAGUGCUGUCUGGAGACCCCAAACCCCGCCCCAUAGUUCAGGACGGUGUGGCCAGCAGGGCGCAAAAGGAAGAGCCAGCCUGUGUUCUGAAUCCCAGGCUCUCUUCAAAAAUGGAUGAGAAAGCCUCCAAGCCCAGCAAAAAUGCCAAAGCCACAGGGCAGCAGAGGCAGCUCAAUGGACUCCUAAGUGGUUACCAGCAUAUGCUCCAUGAACAUGACUGGAAGCCAAGCAAUUUGUCCGGCCGGCCGCGAUCCGCAGACUCCAGAUCCAACUAUGGGGUCGUCGAGAAGCUUCUGAAGAACUAUGAAAAGUCAACCGCUGCAUGGAACUCAAAGCUCCACAAAGAGCGCUGGCUGCCGCCCAGUUCGGAAUUGGCGGGUGGCAGCUGCGAGAAAUUGGGCCACUAUUUUGAAAUGCUCCAGACAGAUCAAGGGAAGCAGGAGCAGCCGAAGAAUUCGACCCGGCACAUUGGGCUUUAUGCCAAGCAUGGCAAAGAGAAGCAGAAAUUUCCCGAGGUGUCUGCGCCAGCUAAGCAGUCAAAUGCGAAAGGCUUCUCUCGGCCAGCUCGGCCAGCAAACAGGCGUUUGCCUUCCAGGUGGGCCUCCAGGUCGCCAUCAGCCCCACCAGCUGUGAGAAGAGCUGCCUUGAACGAACUUUCUUGAACUUCUGUUGCGGGAUCUCAGUGGUUCUGAACUCAAGAAUGGAUCUGGUGCUGUUAUUAAAUCUCCAUAUGGACUCUCUUUUCCAUGUUCCUGACCACAACCAGAUCUGUGUAAUCGUAUUUUGGUCAACAGUGACCUUGCCCUUGGACUUGUUGGAGUCACUGUUUCAAUUCUUAGACCAUCCUUCCACAGUCUUCAGUGUUUUUAUCAACUAGAUAAGGAUGCCCCUUCCUCAUAUGUAUAUAUAAUUUUAUAAUUCGCAACCAUUUUUUUCCUUUGAAUGACAUAUGCCAAUAGUUAUCUCCUCAAUCUUUUUUUAAAAAAAGAAAUUACAUAAUGUAUAAUCCUGUAUAUUCUUACUUUCCCCACAAAGAGCAGGAAGAAAUGCUGAAUGCAUGAUCAUGUGUUUGUAGGUGCAUGUGUUGAAAUAGGAAGCAUAACUGUAUUUAGGUGAGAGAAACUCAGUUCCAGUGCUGAUAUUGAAAUUACAACAUUUGUUUAUAUACUUGCAUAUACACAUAAAAAAAGUUUCUGUUUUAUUUUGAAAGUUCAGCAUAUAGCCCAGGCAAUAAUAAUAUUUUGAAUAUCUUUUACAGGUUUCACAGGUCUAGUAUUUGAUAUAUAAAAACUAAGAAAUGCAUUUUGGUGGGUAACUGUAGUGAAAAGGCAUUUUAUGGAAUGUUCCAGGAGCAGUUUCGCUCAGUGAAUCGAGUCUUCAUUCAUGCUUAUUUAAACGUCACUUCUUUAAACUUUACUAUGCUAGGCCUAUGUUUCAGAAUUAAAAACCUAGUGUUUACACCUA